AUGAUCGAAACAUACAGCCAGCCUUCUCCUCGAUCUGUGGCCACUGGACUGCCCGCUAGCAUGAAGAUUUUUAUGUAUUUACUUACUGUUUUUCUUAUCACCCAGAUGAUUGGGUCAGUACUUUUUGCUGUGUAUCUUCAUAGAAGGUUGGAUAAGGUAGAAGAAGAAAAAAGUCUUCAUGAAGAUUUUGUCUUCAUAAAAAAGUUACAGAGAUGCAACAAAGGAGAUUCUUUAUCCUUGCUGAACUGUGAGGAAAUUAAAAGGCAAUUUGAAGAUCUUGUCAAGGAUAAAAUGCUAAACAAAGAGGAGAAGAAGAAAGAAAACAACUUUGAAAUGCAAAAAGGUGAUCAGGAACCUCAAAUUGCAGCACAUGUCGUAAGUGAGGCCAGUAGUAAAUCAGCUGUUCUACAGUGGACCAAGAAAGGAUAUUACACCAUGAGCAACAACUUGGUAGCCCUCGAAAAUGAGAAACUGCUAACCAUUCAAAGAAAAGGUUUCUACUACGUCUACACCCAAGUCACCUUCUGUUCUAACCGGGAACCUUCAAGUCAAGCUCCAUUUAUAGUCAGCCUCUGCCUGAAGUCCACCAGUGGAUCUGAGAGAAUCUUACUGAGGGCAGCAAAUUCCUAUAGUUCCUCCAAACGUUGUGGGCAACAGUCCAUUCACUUGGGAGGCGUAUUUGAAUUGCAAUCAGGCGCUUCUGUGUUUGUCAACGUGACUGAUGCAAGCCAAGUGAGCCAUGGAAUCGGCUUCACGUCUUUUGGCUUACUCAAACUCUGA